AUAAACUUAAGAACGCCAUACAUUAUCUGACAUUGGAAAAAAGACACACAAACCCCAGAUUCAUUAGAAACUACUUCAUCUCCCUUCAUAGUACUCUCUCGGUUGCGAGAUAAAUGGCAAAGAUUGAAUAUGCUCCACUCUUCGAAACAAGACAACUUAAGGGACGGAUUCUUUUCAGGUCUGUUGCAGCUUCCAUCUUGCUUGCCAUCUCUUUCGUUUUUCUAUAUAGAGUAAGGUUUUUCCCGGUCGGAGGAAAAGUAGAGAGAUGGACUUGGGCCGGCAUGUUCGUGUCGGAGCUAUGGUUCACUUUUUAUUGGCUUCUCACCACAGUUUGUCGAUGGAACUGUGUCUAUCGUAUUCCCUACAUACACAGGCUCUCUCAAAGGUUCGGAAAAGAACUACCGGGCAUCGACAUAUUCGUGUGCACGGCGGAUCCGAUGAUUGAACCGCCGAGCAUGGUGGUGAACACGGUUUUAUCAGUGAUGGCAUAUGAUUAUCCGCCCGAGAAACUAAACAUCUAUUUAUCGGACGACGGGGGAUCGGAUUUGACGUUUUAUGCCAUGCUAGAGGCAACGAAUUUCUCCAAGACUUGGUUGCCCUUUUGCUACAAGUUCAAAGUAGAGCCGAGAUGUCCCGAGGCCUACUUUAGGAAAGCUUCUGUAGGAGUGGAUGUUGAACAGUGGCGUUUUGUGAAGAAACAAUACGAGGACGUGAAAAUGAGGAUUGAAACCACAACAAAGUUGAACCGAAUUCCAGAGCACAUUCUGAAGCAACACAAAGGAUUUCGUGAGUGGGACUUUGUUUCGAACAAAAGUGAUCAUCAAACCAUUCUUCAAAUCCUAAUCGAUGGAAGAGACCCCAAUGCCGUGGAUAACGAAGGAAACCCUUUGCCAACACUUGUGUAUUUGGCAAGAGAGAAAAGGCCCCAGCAUCACCACCAUUUCAAAGCUGGAGCCAUGAAUGCUCUUAUAAGGGUAUCAUCAAAGAUCAGCAACAGUCCAAUUUUUAUGAACGUGGAUUGCGACAUGUAUUCCAACAAUUCAGAAUCCAUCAAAUAUUCUUUGUGCUUUUUCAUGGAUGAAGAGAAGGGAGAUGAGAUUGCAUUCGUACAGUUCCCUCAGAAUUUCGAUAAUAUCACCAAAAAUGAUAUUUAUGGCAACUGUAUUCGAGUGAUACAAAAGGUGGAGAUUCAAGGACUUGAUGCCAAUGGAGGACCAUGCUACAUUGGCUCAGGAUGCUUCCACAGAAGAGAGGCUCUUUGUGGGAAGAAAUAUGACAAAGACUAUAAGGUUGAUUGGACAAAACUAAAUGAUACUAAGGUUGAAGAAAGUGCAAGCCUCCUUGAAGAGACAUGUAAAGUUCUUGCAAGCUGUACCUUUGAACACAACACACCAUGGGGAAAACAGAUGGGUUUAGUAUAUGGCUUUCCGGUAGAAGAUAUUGUUACAGGGUUAAGUGUGCAAUGUAGGGGAUGGAAAUCCAUGUUUUUAAGCCCUGAAAGAGAAGGCUUCCUAGGAGUUGCUCCAAUAACAUUAUUACAGACGCUUGUGCAACAUAAGAGAUGGACGGAAGGCCACUUUCAAGUUUUCCUAUCAGAAUACUGCCCCUUGCUGUAUGGAUAUAGAAAGAUCCCUCUUAUGCUUCGGCUUGCUUACUGUCCUUACAGUUUCUGGUCUGCAAACUGCUUGGCAACGUUGUAUUAUGUUGUUGUCCCAUGCCUUUGCCUGCUUAAAGGCAUCUCAUUGUUCUCCAAGAUAUCGAGCCUUUGGGUUCUCCCGUUCACAUAUGUUGCAUUUUCGCACCGUGCAUAUAGCCUUGGUGAGUUCAUAUGGUGCGGGGGCACGUUCUUGGGUUGGUGCAAUGAUCAGAGGAUGUGGUUGUUCAAGAGAACAACUUCAUACCUCUUUGCCUUCUCUGAAACCAUCUUGAAGCUAUUAGGGUAUUCACAACUAGCCUUCGUAGUCACCGCCAAAGUAGCCGACAAAGACGUCUAUGAAAGAUAUGAUCGUGAGCUGAUUGAGUUUGGUGUUGCUUCACCGAUGUUCGAUAUUUUAGCCACGCUUGCGAUGUUGAAUCUGUUGGGUAUGUUUGGGGCAAUCAAGAAGGUCAUCAUGUCUAAUGUUUUGGACCAAUUUGGAGUGCAAAUUCUGCUCUGCUUGGCUUUGGUAACAAUCAACUUGCCAGUAUACCAAGCAAUGUUUUUCCGAGAGGACAAUGGCAAGAUGCCUACUUCAGUUACUUACAAGGCUAUUGCUUUCGCCUCGCUAGCAUGUACUCUAGCCAUUUAUUGAACCACUUUUUUAUGUGUUGGAAUUUGAAUCGUUCAUGUGGCUCCCAGAUAUAUGGAAUAUAUAACAGA